CUGACUAAGGAAUCUGUGAACGGUGGUCAGUUUGUACUAACUUUUUCAACACAAUCCGUCUCGAAGUUACGUCAUACGUAGAGGACUACAACAUGGAAAGGUUUUCUGCUUUGCACGUUGCUUUCAUAUUGUGCUUUGCUCAGCCAUUGCUCGCUUCUGUCACAGUGGAUUCUUCUUUUGGAGUGAUAGAGGGAAGCGAACACCAAGCUAUCAAUGGCCGUUCUUACGUCAGCUUUCGUGGAAUUCCUUAUGCGAAGCCACCAGUUGGAGAACUGAGGUUUGCAAAAUCCGAGAUGCAUCCCAAACUAGAGGGUACGUUCGACGGCACCAAAGAACCAGUCGCUUGCAUUCGACCAGAGCCCUACCUCCUGGGCAAUCCACAGGGCCUUGAAGACUGCUUAGUGUUGAACGUGUUCAUGGGAGAGCUCACGGUGAACCCUGACAAGCCAAAAAAAGUCAUAGUGUACAUUCACGGAGGGGGUUUUUUCGUGGGCGCAAGUCGAGAAUUCAUCCCUGGAACCAUGGUCACAACCCAUGACAUCAUAGUCGUUGUCAUCAACUACAGGCUCGGAGUUCUGGGCUUUUUGAGCACCGAGGAUGAAGUCAGCCCUGGCAACUUUGGCAUGUGGGAUCAGGCGUUGGCUCUGAAGUGGGUCAAGACACACAUUGCCUCGUUUGGUGGCGACCCCGAUGACAUCACUAUCACCGGAGAAUCGGCUGGAGGAGUCUCAGUUCAGCUAUUGUCCAUUUCUCCCUAUGGGAAGGGUUUAUUCGCCAAAGCGUUCCCAGGAAGUGGCGGUGCCUCUAUGAUUUCGACUCGCAUCAGCAAACCGAGGGUAGACGCGUUAGAAUGCGCUGUGCAUUUCAAAUGCUGGGAAGGAAGUACAGAGGAUACAAUAUCAGCCGCCCAGAGCCAAGAGGUUAUUGCGUGUCUGAGGAAAGUCCCUGAAGCAGAGUUCGGAAAGUACUUAUACUUUGGCAUCGACCGCUCCCGAUUUUUCCCUCGCGCCGAUGGUGACUUCGUUCCGGACUCCCCAAAGCUUCUCUUACAGAACGAACUGUACUUAGACUCAGUCGGUUUUUUUGAUAGAUCGUACCUCGUUUAUCUGAACAACAAUGAGAGGGCCCAAAUGGCAGCGUUUAUUGCCGGGGCUAGAUACAUCGCAAACAUGAACGAAACUGCAACACAAGAGGAAAAAGAUCUGGCGUACAAGGAUAUGCUAUCAAAAGGAAGAAACGCGUAUCUCCUGUCAGGACUGGACGUAAGCUACUGUGAAAGUCUAUUUGAAAAACUGUACGACUGGUAUGAAAGAAGAGCAACCUUUGAGGAUGCUGUUACUGACAUCAUGACGGACGGCGGCUUUGUGAUUCCAACUUUCGACUUCCUCAAGGCGGCGGCACAGAAAGGCUCGACAAACGUCUCGUUCUUUCUGUUCGACCACUACCCGCAUUUCAUGAGGAAGCUGACCGACAAAGGGAUGGUUCACGGUUUGGAUGUUCCAUAUCUGCUUGACUAUGACGUGGAUUAUCUAGGGAAAUUGAUGGGUAUUCCUCUCAGUGGAAAACUGGAUGGCGAAGAGCUGAUUGUAAAGAAUGAAUUCAUAGCUUUGACAGUGGAGUUUAUGAAAAGCGGGUGAGUAAAGCCAUUCGAAACAAAAUAUUAGUUUCAUUUGAAG